GCCCCGGAGCAGCGCCUGGCUCUGAGCACCCCACGUCGAGGCCCGCCUGGCCCCGCGCCGGCCCCGCGCCGCCUUUGGAGUUGGCCGCGGGCAGACCAGCAAAGCGGGGAGUGAGAGGGAGGCGAGCGCCGGAGCCAGCGGGCCGAGCGCCAUGCGCCGCGCCAGCCGAGACUACACCAAGUACCUGCGAGGCUCCGACGAGAUGGGCAGCGGCGGCUCCGGCGCCCCGCACGAGGGCUCCCUGCACGCCCCGCAGCCGUCCGCGCCGCCCGCGCCACACCAGCCCGCAGCCACCUCCCGCUCCAUGUUCGUGGCCCUCCUGGGGCUGGGGCUGGGCCAGGUGGUCUGCAGCAUCGCCCUCUUCCUCUACUUCCGAGCGCAGAUGGAUCCUAAUAGAAUAUCAGAAGAUGACACUCACUGCAUUAAUAGAAUUUUCAACCUCCAUGAAAACGCAGAUUUGCAAGACACAAGUCUGGAGAGUCAAGACACAAAAUUAAUACCUGAUUCUUGUAAGAGAAUUAAGCAGGCGUUUCAAGCAGCUGUACGAAAGGAAUUACAACAUAUUGUUAGAUCCCAACACAUCCGAGCAGAAAAACCUACGGCAGAAGGUUCGUGGUUAGAUCUGGCAAGGAGGGGCAAGUCUGAAACUCAACCGUUCGCUCAUCUCACUAUUAAUGCCACUGACAUCCCAUCAGGUUCCCACAAAGUGAGUCUGUCCUCCUGGUACCAUGACCGAGGUUGGGCCAAGAUCUCCAACAUGACUUUCAGCAAUGGAAAACUAAUUGUCAACCAAGAUGGCUUUUAUUACCUGUACGCCAACAUAUGCUUUCGACAUCAUGAAACUUCAGGAGACCUCGCUACGGAGUAUCUUCAGCUGAUGGUGUAUGUCACUAAAACCAGCAUGAAAAUCCCAAGUUCUCAUACCCUGAUGAAAGGAGGAAGUACCAAAUACUGGUCAGGGAAUUCUGAAUUCCAUUUUUACUCCAUAAAUGUUGGAGGGUUUUUUAAGUUACGGUCUGGUGAGGAAAUAAGCCUGGAGGUAUCCAACCCUUCACUACUGGAUCCAGAUCAAGACGCAACGUACUUUGGGGCUUUUAAAGUUCGAGAUAUAGAUUGACCUCCAUUUUGUGGAGUGUUAUAAUGUAUUUCCUGAUGUAUGGAAACUUUUUAAAACAUAGACCAAGAAAGAUGUACAUAGGUGUGUGAGACUACUAAGAGGUAUGACCCAAUGGUAUAAGAAGACUCUCUCCAAGCUUUUGACUCUGUAGAGAUCGUGUGUAUUUACAGCCAAAGGGAGAUGUUGGACUCAAAGUGUGUUACAGUCUGAAGUCUUUCUUACACAAUGGUUUUUAAAUUUUGUAAUGAAUUCUUAGAAUUAAACCUGAUUGGAGCAAUUAUGGCUGCCUUUAUGGAAAACUGCAUUUGGGCUAUGGGAGGGGUCAAUUCUCUGGAUCUAGCCCUUGGUUAUGUGCCACUAGGCAGUUGAAGUAGGGAGGGUGUCAUCUAAUUGCAAAUGGAUGAUAACCUGAAGGGUUACGUUCUUUUGAAUUGUUACAUCAUGCUAGACCUGCAAAUAGAUACUUUUUUCUAAUGAGGAGAGAAAAAUAUAUGUAUUUUUAUAUAAUAUCUAAAGUUAUAUUUCAGAUGUAAUGUUUUCUGUGCAAAGUAUUGUAAAUUAUAUUUGUGCUAUAGUAUUUGAUUCAAAAUAUUUAAAAAUGUCUUGCUGUUGACAUAUUUAAUGUUUUAAAUGUACAGACAUAUUUAACUGGUGCACUUUGUAAAUCCCCUGGGGAAAAUUUGCAGCUGAGGGAAAAAAAUAAGUUGUUUGCGAAUAUCAACUGUAUUAUGUUGUCUUCAUUCUUUUUAACUUAAUAGUUUUUUGAGACUUGUCAAGUUUGUGCAAAAAAAUUAAAAUGGAUGCCUUGAAUCAUAAGCAGGAUGUUGGCCACCAGGUGCCUUUCAAAUUUAGAAGCUAAUCGACUUUAGAAAGCUGACAUUGCCAAAAAGGGUACAUAAUGGGCUACUGGAAUCUGUCAAGAGUAUUUAUAUAAUUAUUGAACAGGUGUUUUUUCUACAAGUGCUGCAAAUUGUAAAUUCUAUAUAUUUUUUAAAUGGACGUUGUCAGUGGCUAAUCAGCAAAAAGUUGAAAAAAAAAAAGUCCCAUCUUUCAUUUAGUGGAAGUUAUUUUAUACUGUACAAUAAAAACGUUGCCUUUGAAUGUUAAUUUUUUUGGUACAAAAAUAAAUUUAUA